AUGGGUGAAGGUGCACGAGUACGGCUAGCUGACGAACCGAAAUCAAAAACCACCGACCGACAACGUCAAAGGAAUCGGGACACGGACACGGCAACCGUCGAUUUUACUACUGAUGAUCGUUUUGAGGAACGCCGAGAUUUUUCGUCUGACUAUCGCACGAAAGUGUACGAAGACGACGACGACGAAGUCGAAGAAGAAUACAUUGAGGAGGAAAAGCGCACAUUCACUGAACGCAUUGUGACCAAGCGACACAAUUACGGUUCCGAUAGCUACGAUUCUGUAAAACGAGAGCCAGACCACCAUCGCCAGAAAACACGUCGAGGUGAUAUGGCGGUCGACUAUUCGUCGAAGGAUUUCCGCGAAUCACUGGCAACUAUAGAUGCAGCUUCACGUGAUAGAAUCUCUUCCCGAGAAGGUGUUCGCGUUCGACAGCAUGGUGAUACCACAAUUAUGACUGAGCAUCGAGAUCCGUACUCCUUCUAUUGGCAGCUUGAUCAGAACCAACGACGUUCUGAAUCGCCGAAGCGUUAUCCACCACCAGCCGAUUAUGUUAUCGAUGAGGAAGAGGUUGUCGAAACUGUACUCUCUCCAGAAUCCCAUGAUUCUGGUGUGGCAUUGGAAAAUCAGUACAGUAAACCAUUGCGUGUAAAUCCACCGACUUCAGUUUCUCCUCCACAUGUCGAUGAUGAGCUGACCCAGUUGCCUCCUGGAUGGGAGAAACAUCAAGGUGGUUUUUUUCUCUUUUAUCUCUCUCCUAUUUUUUCGUACUAUGAUCCGUCUGGAUUCUCUUAUUACUGGCAUGUGGACAGCGGGACAAUUCAGCGUGAACCACCAGUUAUACAACUCCCUCCGCACCAGCCAGUCGUUGAAGAGCAUGCGUUCAAGCAAACGACGACUAAACGUCGCAUCGAGACCACUCAAGAAAGUGAACCUGAAGAGGAGCUUGGAUAUCGAAAGGUAGUUAAAAUAUAA